UCAUAGCUUACUCUAUAUUCAGUCUUUGAUUUCUUUUUCGGCAAAUCUGAAAAUUAUUUUUAAAUUUCAAAAUAAUGCCUUCUAAGCCGCUAUUAACAUCAAAGCUAUUGCAGCGUCCAGGAGUGUUGACUAAAGCUCUGGUAUUCCAUCCACAACGAACCUACAACUGGGGCAACUACGAUGCCUCCUCUAAAACGUGCUGUAAGAUGCACGACGCUGAAACGUUUAAAUGCUUAGAGGGUAAAUUAAAAUGCAAGCCCACUAAAAUUCCAAAUAAAUGUUACAAGCGUGUUGAUGAGGAGUUUGUAUCGUUUGGUGAAUACCCCAAGCAAUUGUUUCACAUCUUAAGACCUGCAGAGGUUGAUUGUGGCCUAAUCAAGCAUGAUAUGUGCUACUAUAGACCCUCAGACAAGAGUCGUCGUUAUCAGCGCACCUGGCCCGAGUGUCCACUUAUUUGGCUGCGCCCAAAAAAGAAAUGUUGCCCUGAUGAGGAGUAUUAUCCGCCUAUUUGUCGACGCCAAAGGAAACCACAACGGCCACCAAUGACUACGAUCGAAAAGUAUUUGUACACAUUCGAUAAGGAGUGCAAAUCGAAAUGUCACAACGAUGGGACGCUGAAAAGGAAAUGCACAAUAGUCAGGGGACCCAAAAAGUGCGAGAAGGUAGAGGCCCCAUUUCCAAGCUUUUCCGAGUGUAAAAAAGACUUCAGAGAGGGUUACUGUCACACAGAGUGCGGCUGCAAAUUGGUACCCUCUCUCUGCGACUUAUGGAGACUGCAUCAUCGCAACUCAAGUUUGGUUAAAAAGUGCACUCUAGCAUUAGUGGGUUACUGUCCAUUUAAGAAUCGUGGACGCCCCAUCGGUUAGAUACCAACAAGAAGGCUCGCGAUAAUUCUGGGCGAAACGCUUGCUGAGUGGGUUAACCGGUUAUGCUGGUUUCCACAGAUCUAGUCAUUUGAUUCUUUUGAUAUAGUAUUCGGCAUUUGCUAUCAAAAAUAAUUCCAAAUUCUAAAUUUUUA